UGAGGCGGUGCGAGAUCAGAGAGACUCAGUAAGAGGAAGGAGAUCCAAACACAUCGGCGAGAGAGCAAGCUGGGAGUCUUUUCAAUUCAUAAAGCAACGAGAGGACGAGAGCGGCGAGGACGACGGGGAGGAGCAGACCCGGUCGAGAGGAUGUAAAAAAAAAGAAAAAAAGAGAAAAGAAAAGUGUGCUCAGGAUUUACGACGCAUUCAGAGACUGAAGUUUGAUGGAGGACAAAACUGAAAGCACUCUGCAUUGCUGUGCUCCCACACCGCUCUGCACUCUCCCGAACAUUUAAACCAGAGGCUGCGCUGAAGUCUCCACGGCAGGAAUAUUUGACGAGGCGAAUGAUCGACAACCCUGAAGUAGACACUUCUCCGCCACAAUGACCACAUUCUCCUUUUCCUUCCCCUUCACUCUCGCAGCCUCUGCCCCGACUAACUCCUCUCUUCCUACCUCUACUUCCUCCCUCCCACUUCCCAUGUCACCGUUAUUCUCUGCCACCUCUCUUCUCCCCUCUUCCUCCCCGUUCUCCGUCUCCCCCGCCUCCCCGAACCAGACCGGGUGUUCGUUUGACGACGCCGCCCUCCGCCUGCCGCUGGCCGUCCUCUACUCCCUGUUCUUCGUCUUCGGCCUCGUGGGUAACCUCUUCGCCCUGUGGGUCUUCUUGUUCCUACACUCAAGCCGCAAUUCUGUGCGGGUGUUCCUCAUCAACUGUGCCGUGGCGGACCUGGUCCUCCUGGCGUGUCUGCCCUUCAGGGUCUUCUACCACGUCCACGGGAACCAGUGGGUCCUGGGAUCGGUGGUCUGCAGCAUGGUGGGGAACCUGUUCUACAUGAACAUGUACAUCAGCAUCACUUUACUGGGCCUCAUCAGCCUGGACAGAUACGUGAGGCUGAAGGGGAAAGGCAGAGCGCGGAGAGGCGCCAGGAUGACGCUGUGGGGCUGCAGCCGGCCGUGGAGCUGGGUGGCGUGCGGGGCCCUGUGGGGUCUGUCGCUGGCGGCGCUGGUGCCCAUGAUCGCCACGUCGGAGGACAGAGAGAACAGCGGCAAAUGUUUCCAGUACAAGCCGCGCAGCAGCAAAGCCAAAGGGAAGGCCUACUUCAACGCGGUGCUGGUGCUGCUGUUCUGGCUCGUCUUCGUCAUGCUGGUGGUGUCCUACGCGAAGAUCGCGUCUCGGCUGCUGAGGGCGUCCCGGGACAAGCCGGACCUUCCCAACGCGCACCGGUACGUGCGAACCGCCAAGAAGUCCUUCUUCGUCCUCUUCCUGUUCACCGUGUGCUUCGGGCCCUACCACGCCUUCCGCCCCGUCUACAUCCUCUCCCAGCUCAGCGAAGCGGGAUCCUGCGACUACAUGCAACUGGUGGACCGCACCAACGAGGUGAUGCUGUUGUUCUCCGCCUUCAACAGCUGCUUGGAUCCCGUCAUGUACUUCCUGUUAUCCGGCUCGGUGCGCAAAACCGCCCUCCGGGCACUCGGGCACCGACUCGGCAACCGGCUCGUCUUCCUGAACGACGCAACGUCAAACAGCUCGACGGCGGAGGUCAGACGACCAUCUGCGGCGACGACUUUGCCCAACUCUGGAGUCAACACCCCCUUAGCCACCCCGCGAACGAGCAUCUCCGUCUUCAACUCCACCCUCUACUGCACAGGGCUGACCGCGCUCCCACCUACUGGUCAACAGUGAUGCCCGGAUGACACUGGCGGGAUAAACAUGUGACAAAAGCCGGACGGGUUGGCUAAUUCUGUCAAACUGAGCAAAGCAUUGCUACACGUACCUCUUAUUACCGAGAUAUUCUUACUGUGUCGGCUUCUGAACACCUGUGCUGUGUGGGAAUCGUUGUUUAACGCCCGAGUGACAGAUUGAAGACACGGUUGCGUGCAAGGAGAUGCACUUCAGUGACCGCAGCUUUUUCUAAGAAUGCAUGGUGUGUGUGUGUGUGCAUCAGAGAGAAAGUAAAAAUGUGUUGUGGUAUUAAUGGAUUGAGUGUGAAAUAAUAAUCUUGUCUUUACAGAAGAAACAAGAUGCAUAGACUUAUAAAUAUCUUCCCUUCCUCACACACACACACACACACGAGAGUGUGUGCUUACACGUCAUGUAUGUUGAAUAAAACGAGUGCUUUGAUCUGUCAAA